CAUCCUCAAGAAUUUUCGUCUUCCUCCCGUUCAUUUUUCUUGGAUUUUAUUUGUUCUUCAAUCGUUUGAAUCUCAACCGUUCCAUCCUGCUUUACUUUCGUUUGAAUCUCGACAUUUUCAUUGUUCUUCAAUCGUUCUUGGAUUUUAUUUCAGGUAUUUCAGUUCUUGAUUUAAGGGUUUAUUUUCUUCGAUUUUUGGUGUUUAUUUGUAUAUUACUCUGGUAUUUGAUAUUUAGGGUUAAUUUCUGUUGAUAUUAUUUGAUAUUACUCUGCUUUACUUCGAUUUUCAUCUUGUUCUGCGACUUUUCAUUUUCAUUCGAUUUUUAGGGUUAAUUUCUUCAUCUUGUUCUGCGACUUUACUUCGAUGUUUUGAUUUUUUUAGUCUCGACAUUUUGAUAUUAUUUUUGGUUUAAUUCUGGUUUUUUAAAUCGUCGAUUAUCACUUUUUUUUUUAGUUGUCAUGGCAAAAACAAGAGGUUCGUCAACUUCGAAGUCAGGUCAUCAACGAGGUCGCAGUAUUCCAGUUGAUAUUCCCUCCACUUCUAAUUUACAUUUGAAUUCCAACACAAGAAAGAGAAGAGCUGAGGAAACUGACAAUGUACAACAAAGGUCUGUAAGGUUGAGAUCUACAUUCCAGACAAAAAGUAGACCUUCUCAAUUGAUCAAAUUGAUGAAGGGAUUCACUGAGAAACAAAAAAUCUCAGUGAGAGAGAUUGGUUUUGGUGGCCUUCUUGAUUUAAAGUUAUGUAGAAAUCCAUCUGCAAUGCUUGGUUGGCUUGUAGAUUGUUUUGAUCCCGGUAGUUGUAUGUUUUUUAUAGACUCUUUCAAGUGCUUUCCCAUUUCUGAAUAUGAUGUAUAUGAUGUUUUUUGUCUACCUCUGAACCCAAACAAUGAUGUAGAUAUAGUUUCAAGGUGUGCGAACAAGUAUAAUCCUGAUUUUCCCUUGAAACAAGAAUUUAGAUCCUUUUUUGGUUAUGAAGAUACAAAUGCAGCAAUUCCUUUAGAAUUGCUUGAACGAAUGAUCCCUAGGAUGAUUGAUAGUGGGGAUGAGUUCAAGCAACUUUUUGUGUUGCAUGCUAUUUCUUCUUUCUUAGCCCCAACCCAAAACAGAACAAUAGACCUUAAGAUUGUAAAGUCCAUAAUAGAUUCGAAUAAGAUUAGUUCUUUUAAUUGGUGUAAGUAUGUGCUUGAUCAGUUUUGUGACUCUGUUGUUAGAUAUCGUAAAGGAAAGGUGCAAUUUUUUUCUGGAUGCAUUGUUUUGUUGGAAAUAAUUUAUUUUCAUCGUUUGAAAUUCAAGAAUAUCUCUUUGCCAUCCUCUUUACCCCUUAUCUCUCAUUGGACUGAUAAGGAUGUGUCAAAAAGAAUUAAGGAGGAAACAUCUGCUAAUCAUUUUGGCAGUGGUUUAAUUUUGAGUACAUAUCCCGUGAGUCAGACGAUGGUUUUUGAGUAUGGUCAAGCUGUUGGGUUAAAGGUGAACAACGUUGAUAUUGGUCAACCAAGUGUAAAUGCAGAACCCUUCAGAGAUCAAACAGUGCAAGACGAAGAUAAAAUUGAGUUUCACUUGCCGUUAAAUGCAAUGCGUAAUUCUGAAAUACGCCAAGUAGCUGAGGAUGAAAUAUGUGAGUUGCUGAUGCUGAUGAGGAGAGACACUCAAGUUGUCUCCGAGUUUUACAUGCAGAAAAUUAAGUUGUUUUUAGAACAAAAACGUUCAUUUUCUUCUCCUCCUGUCCCUUUUCCUGAUGUUCCUUCUACCUCAUCCACACCUUUUUCUGAAACCCAAAGUUUUUUCAUGAAUCCUACCGUGCUCAAUACUAUCGAUGAGAUAGUUGACACGGUUAAAUGGGUUACCUCUAUUCCCAGGAUGGUGAAUGAGGUUUUUGUUGCUGAUGAGGGUGAUGUAGAUGUAGAUGUAGUGGAUGAGGUUGAAUUGGAUCAAGUUGUAAAUAAUGUUGUAAAUAAUGUUGCUGAUGAGGGUGAUGAUGAUGUUGUAAAUAAUAUCACUGUUUUUGAAAGCCAUGGUUAUGAGAAUGUAUUAAUACAUGGCAGGGCUAAGUGUUCCAUUCCUUUCAGAGGUGUGAAUGAUAAAUUUACAUAUGUUUCACAUCUGCUGAAGUCAAACAAAAAAUAUAUGAGACAACUUGGUUCGUUACUUCAAGAAACAGUUGACUAUUGUUUUGUUUCUGAUCAAUGUUUUGACAAUAGGUGAGUCUUUUUUUUUGGUU